GACGUGUUAGAUCAGCAGCACCUUAUGCUGGAAGUGCUCCAGCUGCUCGGGGGCCUUACGUUGGAAGUGUUGGCUACCAGCAACCAGUUUCUUACAGCUACCAACAGUUUCUGUAUCCUCCCUAUGGGUAUACAACAUAUGGCCCUGAAUAUGUCUACCCACAGGGUGUUUACAAUCCAUAUGUUGGUCAACAGUACCUACAUAUAUAUGGUGUGCCAGGAACUGUUAACCCAGCUAUGUAUCCUUAUGGCCAACUGGGGCAGGGUAUUUCUGGUGGCCAAGGCUAUGCUGCAGUGCAAGGCUAUACAGUGCCAGGACAUCAGAUUGUGCAAUUUAGUGGGCCAAGUGUCAAUGCAUUAACAACUUCAUCUAUUCCCACAAUUCAAGCACCAUAUCCAGCAGGUAUGGCUGCACCUGUUCCUGCACAACCACAGUUUAUUGUUCCCGUCCAUUCUCCUCAGUUCAUGCAAGGUAGUGGUCCUGAUCAAACAGCUGGGUGAGAGGUUGAUCCAGGUAUCUUUAGAUUGCAGCAGGACUAAGAGCAUGCCACUGCUACUUGAGUGGCAGGAUCUGAAUCCAGCAUUGCAAGAAGUUCAUUUUGCAUUCUAGAGGUUAUAGAGAGUCAUACUCACCAGAGAAGUCAUGUGUCCGAGUCACUCCAGCCGGCAGAGUUGGGAACAGGGAAGAUGCAGGCUGCUCUUCCUUCACCUUUGUGCAUCUAAACAACGGUCAACGCUACCAGAGCUUCAGAUGACUGGUAGGGUCUUGGGUUGAUGGGUGCUGGAAAUGGUUUCUGGCACCCAUCGUAGGAAAAUACUGUAAAAAUCAUGUUCGAAUCAAAAUAUGAUUCUUUCAUACUUUUGUCCCAGCAUUUGGGUCUGUAGAUAGUCUCUGGUGUGUAGUGUUGGUUCUUUCCUGCAUCGUAUAUAAUAGUUAUUCGAGUCUUGUGCAUAGCAUUAACUGGGUAUUUAUUUGGGAACUCAAAAGUCUGUGUUCUGGAUUAUUUUUGAGAGGCUGACCUCAAAGCAUUGGUGAAGCUCCAGGUCUCGUCUCAUAUACAAGGAGAUUUGUGUAUAGUUUUUCUUUUCUUUGUUCUGAUUCCAUGGUCGAGAAAAUAAUGGCAACGCAUGAUUGAUUCAA